GCAAGCAUAUAUUAUAAUCUUCUAAGAAUGUUGUAUGCUAUAUACUUAUUUCAAUACCUCAAAAUCAUUUUAAAAUCAUUUCAUGCAUUUCGUUGCUAAGCUGGAAUCUUAUAGAGAGCCCUAAAGAGACAAAUAGGUCUCGUCUCUGUGAAAUUUUAAGCUGUCAUCAGUACAAAAUUAACGGAUUACUUGAAUGUAUAAAAGUUGGCAACAUGAUACUGGGCCUGUAACCCGAUCAAAUAUCAGACGAUUUACAUAUUAAACACCGCUUUUUAUAUAUUUUAGCUGUGAUUUCAGCAAUGGUCAAGUGAAUGAAGUGUUUUAUACCGUAGCCAAAUUAGAAAUUUAUUUUUAUCUAGUUGUAACAGUUUGUUCAGGUAUAUUCAACGUUAAAGAGCUCGCCGGAGUUGCAUUGAAAUGACUGUGUUAGGCUUGUCUAGAAGAGGACAACUCGCUGUUCUUGUGAUCGCAGGAAUUACGUUGUUUAUUUUGGGAUUUCUCAUCGGCUUCUUCACUGCUCCAGACGACGAGAAAUCACCUGAAACACCACGUUCAUUUCAAGAAAAACGCGAAGAGGAACGAAAGAAAAAGGAUGCAUAUCACAGCAAGCUUUACCAAACCCUGGACAAGAAGGAAAUAGGAAAGUCCUUGAAGUACUUUUCUUCCCGACCUCAUGUUCCAGGGACUCCAAGAACCAAAGAGUUGGCAGUCGAAAUCGCCCGGCUUUGGAGGGAGUAUAAAUUCGAUGAAGUUGAGAUGCCAAAAUACAAUGUCCUUCUACCAUACGUCAAUCCAAACAUCUCAAACAAAGUGCAAAUUCUGGAUUCUGGCAGAAAAGUAUUACGCGAGUUUUCUGGGAAGGAAGAGUUGGCAGAUCCAAGUGAGGAUGAUGACCAAAUGAUUCCUCCAUUUCUGGGCUACUCGAAGCAGAGUUCGGCAAGUGGCAAGUUGCUCUACGUCAAUUACGGUCGAACGGAGGAUUUUGAAGUCCUGAAGAAGAACUUCGGCAUUCCAAACUGUAACGGGCGCAUUGCUAUCAUGAGAUACGGAAAAAUUUUCAGAGGCUCCAUGGUCAAAAACGCGCAUGAAUGCGGUGCUGUUGGCGCCAUUUUGUACAACGAUCCAGCAGAUUAUGCUCCUGAAGGUCAGGACAAAGUUUAUCCCAACUACAUCUGGCUACCGAAGACCGGCGUGCAGCGAGGUAGCAUUAUCACCACUCGUGGAGAUCCGAUCACACCUGGUUUGCCGUCUAUCGACGGCGUGUUCCGAAUAUCUCCCAAAGACGCAGGUCUUCCACAGAUUCCAGCGACGCCUAUGCCUUACGGAGACGCUGUAAACAUCUUAAAAAUAAUGAAAGGUCGCGAGGUCCCGACGAGUUGGAAGGGCACAUUGAAUAUCACCUACAGACUGGGUGAUGCGGGGAUAGAAGGGAACAAUAGCAUACGAAUUGAAGUUAAUUUUCCCAACACACGACAGGAUAUAUACAACGUCAUCGGAACCAUUUAUGGUAGUGAAGAACCGGAUCGUUGGGUACUGAUAGGGAAUCAUAGGGAUGCUUGGGGAUUCGGUGCUGUCGAUGCUUCCAGUGGUACAGCAACCAUGAUGGAAAUCUCACGCGGGUUGAGUAUGUUAUUGAAGCAAGGCUGGCGUCCACGUCGCACUAUCAAAUUCUGCAGCUGGGGCGCCGAAGAAGCGGGCUUGAUUGGCUCCAACGAAUGGGUCGAGGAACACGAACGAGCAUUAUCAACAAAAGCCGUCUCUUACAUCAACGUCGACGUCUCUGUCGGCGGAACCUACGUGCUUCAUCUUUCAGGAUCUCCAUUGUUGAAAACAGCGCUCAUUGAGACUGUUAAAAAUGUUCAAGAUCCUCAUCUCAAUAGCCCUGGAUUGCAUCAAACGGUCUAUGAAAGAAUGCUGGAAAAAAGGCGAGGGAAAGAUGGUGAAAUUAUGUUCCCAAGUCUAGGUGCGGGGUCGGAUUAUGCCACUUUCUACCAGUUCGUUGGAGUACCGUCGUUAGAUAUGUCUUAUUAUGGUGAAAGAUUGUAUCCAAUAUACCACAGUGUUCAUGACACGUACAAGUGGCUUCAAGGUUUAGUCGACCCAGACUUCUCCUACCAUCUCACGACAACUCUGGUCGCUGCAAGAGCUCUGAUGUCCAUCGCUGACGACAUCGUGUUACCCUUUGAUGUCGUUCAAUACUCGAAGACUUUGAGACGUUCUUUUCAAAUCUUGAAUGACAAUCAUGGCGCGGAACUUCGGCGGAAUAACAUCACGUUAGAUUACGUCGAUGCUGCUGUUACAAAAUUUCACAACGCGUCUCUGAAGUUCCAGAAAGAGGUGGAAACAGCCGUGAAAAGUAUGAACGACAUUCAACUACGUGAUCUAAAUGACAGAAUGGUGAACGUGGAAAAAUCUUUCAUUUACAGUUUUGGUCUUCCAAAUCAAAGCUUCACUCGACAUGUUAUUUUUGCGCCACCAUCCAACAACAACUAUGGCAGUGCGCAUUUCCCCGGCAUUAUUGAUCUCAUGAUUCCGAGCAAUGAGACUUCGAGAGACUGGGGAGAAAUAAGAAAGCAGGUUUCUGUUGUAUUUAAGUCGAUUAUGUCAGCGGUAGAAAGCUUGAACAAAGACGCUAAAGAUUGACACUAGAGGUUAGGACUUCGGUGACUUGUAGUUCUCAGGUAUUAGAUUACAUAGACAUAAUUUUAGGCCUUAAAUGAACUUGUUAAAAGCCAUGCUUGUUGGAGUGUUCAAGCUUAACUGCAAGUGGCCUUUGCCUUCCUCCUGGUAACAUGUACUUUUGACAAUUAUUGUUGGAUUUUUUCUACUACUUACUCCAGCUACGUACAAAGAUCAUACUGCGUGAGCGUCACGCAAGGAUCACGCACGCGGGAAAAACAUACGAAUAU